UACCACGAGCUGGACGUUCCGAGCGUGUAUUAUAAUAUAAUAUACAUAGUGUGCGUGCACCGACUUUGGAUUUCGAUCAAAUUUUUUUUCUACCCUCGUUAACACCUGUAGCACGGUAUUAUCUGCAGAGGUCGGCGACACAUAUACGCAUUUAAAAACAUUACACCAUACACGUAGUCAUCAGUGAACCGAUCGUUGAGCAAUAAAUUCGAGUCAAUUAUCGAGAAUAAACCACUAAAGACGAGCGGUGUUCACAACAAAACAGCUCUUCAUUAGUUCCACAAGACUUGGUCUAAUUGAGCUUAUGAAUGUUUAACAUGAAUACUAACCUAGAAAACUCGAUGUGGGACCGCCUCAACGUGACGAACACGAUAAACGAGACGUCCAAAGCUAUCGUAGAGUCGGUUAUGAGUACGACGAUGAUAAACGACGGGCCGCUGGUGGACAGCGAUGCCGUAUCGCCUGUCACGCUGAGCAUGGAAUGGAGUAGGGUGGCUAGACUGUUGAUCAUGAUCGGUCUGUCCGUCAUCGGCAGCAUCGGUAAUGUGUACAUGAUCAGCUCGGUAAUGAUUGAGGACCAUCUCAACAAAAGGGGAAACACUUUCGUGGCGAACGUGGCGCUAGCCGAUCUGUUGAUCAGUGGCCUUGUCAUUCCAGCAUCUGCCGUGGUUAUCCUGUCCGGUCUACAAGAUUCUCCGCCGGUGUGCCAGUUUCAGUGGUUCCUGUCAAUCCUGUGUUGUCUGGUAACCGUGCUUACCAUGGCGGCAGUGGCGGCCGAGAACUACAUAAGGCUCUGUCUGACUCCCGAAUGCUACGCCAAACUUACUGUCACGAAAAUCACCACGCUUCUGUUCGCCAUAUGGAUCGUCAGUUCGAUUCUAGUCACGUUACAAUCUGUCUACAAGAUGGGACCAGACUAUUGCGCCAAAAAGGUGAGCAGCAUCGUACCGACACAGGCGCUGGCGGCCGGUGCCAUCGUGCUGGCGCCGUUGCUCAUCACGGCCGGGCUGUACAUGCGCAUCACGUACCAGGUGCACGUGGCCAGGCUGAACCCGAGCUUCAAGCCGCCGCUGGCGUUCAACUGGGACUACUCGCUGAUGUUGGCCAACGCGUACAGCUUCGUCAUGUUCGUCGUGUUCUGGGCCCCGUUCGCCGUCGUCCUGGCGCUGGCCACCGUCCAGCGGCCGUCCGCGCAGGUGUUCUACAACCUCGCGUGGCUGGCCCUCAGCAAGUCCUGUUUCAACAACCUGGUGUACUGCGCCGGAAACCGGCACUUCCGCAACGCGUACGUCAACCUGUUCCACUACUGCUGCUGCAAGACUACGGUGACGUUCUCGCGGCGGGCCCGCGACGGCGCCAGCCGCCCGUCCGGCGACGUCCGCGUGCACAUCAUACCCGGCUACAACAUGUACUCGUACACCAGCCCCACCAGGUCGCGGGAGUCGGGGUCGUGCCCGCUGCAGGGCAGGCCGCGGGCCAGGGCCAACGGCGGCGGCGGCGGUCUCGGCUGCGGCGGCGGUGGAGGCGGCGGUGGCGGCGGAGGCGGCCGCGACGUGUACGAGCUGUAAGCCUGCCGCGGCCGAUACCGUCACGUCGCCUACACACAUACACAAUAUACUCAAUAAUACUAUACAAUAUUAAUUAUUGUCCGGCGCUAUAUAUACUUUAAUAUUAUUAUAACUCCGCUCCGAACACGCAUUAGAUAACGUUAUUUUAUUAUCAUUAUUAUUUAUUAUUGUUAUACGUGUGCGAUUUAUAUUUAUAUAACAAUAUGUAUAUAUAUGUGCGCACGUGUUUUUCUUCCCUCGUAUUAUAUGUAUACAUUUGUGUGUGUGCGUGUACGACAUUACGUACCCCCCCUCGCCCCCUACCCACUGGAAAAACGCAUUUGCAGCAUUUAUAUAUACGCACGCGCGUUAAACACGCAUUAUGUUUAUCUAAACGCCAUAAUGCAUGUAUAGUACCCCUAUAAUAAUAUUAAAUUAUAACUUGCGUAGUCACCACCGCCGAAAUUUUAGAAGAUAAGUUUUCGAUUCGUCACGUGUACGUUGCGUGCAAAAAAAUGCACCUGUAUACUUGGAACGCGGGCUAUGUGAUUUUUAAAGUUGGGCGACACUUGUGUACACGUCACAGACCUGUACAACGUAUAAUAAUUAUGUCAUAGACGCGUGUGAUCGGCCGACCGCAUACGGCGAACGAAUAGGAUAUUUCUACUAGUUAAUCCCCGCUAUCUUGCCUCCCCGCUAGGUCGGAAAUUUAUAGCGAGGUUACAGGGGAUCGCAUGAUGAACCGGGGUCACGGGGCCGAGUAUACUUGUAGAGGCCAUAGUCGAAAUGUUUUCUUUUUUAAAUCCAUUUUCAUCAAAUCGAAAGAAAAAUAUAUUAUAACUUGUGUCAAAUUAUUUGAAAAUAGAUUUCUCGAAGUCGUCCAUUAUUAGUAGUCACAUCCCGGACUCUCUCUACGAUCUUUUAAGGCCAGGAUAACAAAAAGAUCUGUAACCCGCGAUCGCCGACAGCCUAUAUCGUAUGCAAUAUACCGGUGCAACGCAAUCGCUUUGCAUAAUAUGAUUAUUUUAUUCUCUCGGCUCUCUCGUCAAGCUGUAUACUUAUAAUAACGUGUGAUACCUAUACAUGAGCGGUAAGUAAUGUCUGUACGCGGGGAAAAGGGGGACGGAAUAAAAAUAGAGCUAUCCGUCGUCGAGCAAAACGGUGCGCAUCACACGCCGCCGCCACACAUGUCAAUAAACGACGUCAUAAUUGUACGCUUACAAUGACGGCAGUAAUAAUAUGCGAUGUGGCGCGAUAAAAAGUCGACUUUCGACAGCUACCUAUAAACCUACAUACGGUUUGGCUCGGAUGCCCGGAGCAACGCGCACUUUUGUGAAACACGAAACGGCGACGACGGAUUUAGAAUUAUAUUUUGCUCCUUGAAUAUAUAGAGAUGAAUUAUGUGUACCUCAUUACAUAGAUCCUAAAUAAGACGGCGACGGCGACAACUUAUUGUGAGGCUGCACAAGACUUUUUCUAUCGCGUUUUUGUUUUUUUUUCCCCAUCCUUUCGUCCCACAGCACCGUUUCUAUUGCUACUCGCAGAUCUACACUACACAAUCUACCCGCAUUUGUUGUGCAUAGUAAUUACCACGUGAUGGAGGUUGAAAAGAAACUUUUAAGAGCACGGUUUGAGUUUUUGAUGGAUGCUUCGAGUUUUGAGAGCAUUGUCACAAUCUUUUGUCGGGAACAUAGGACCGGAGGUAUAGGUGUACUCGCAACUAUCCUAAUCCUUGUACCGAGUACCGACUAACGCAAUAGGAAUAGCGUUGUAUAAAUAUUAAUUUAUUCUUCAAUUUAUCUCCCCUCUCGCCCACACUUGCAUUCCGAUGUGGAAUUCGCCCAUUGUUCCGUAUAUACAGGAAACCGAUGCAUUCCAUCGUUGAUUUAUAAUGUAUAAAUACACUACCCGUCCACAGACCCGAGCCAAACAAGCGUUGUCAAUUAUAUUAUUAUAUGUAUAAACGGAAUAUAUAUUUAUUAAACUAUUUAUAGCCCAUAUGGCACGUCUUAUAUAUUACAUAUAGAUAUAAUUUACUUACAUUGAAAGAAUCGCGCAAUUUAUUUGUUUUGAAUCGGAUCGGCAACAUAAUUUACGUUCAAAAAUAAAAGUUCUAUAAACGGCAAGUCUGAAUAACAUAAUAGGUACACUAUUAUUCGGUAAAAAUUAUUAUAUGUUCGAUUUAAUGAUGUGUGAUAAAUGAUAACAUACCGUUAUCGUUUCGAUUAUUGUCGUAUAAAUAUCACACGUUAGAUAAUUGGUAAGGGUAAUCGUUUAGACUUUUUUUAUUUAUUAGUUUAGCCUAUAAGUCUUGCACGUCCGCUGACUCGUAAUAAUCAUUAGUAAACAUGUUUGUAGUUUUGUACGUUCAUAAAAAUUUUAAUUCGUGUAGUAUAAAUUUAGAUGUAUUCAUGAUUGAUAUUUCACUCACAGUUACAUCAGCUGGUCACCGUCGGUCCAUAUAAACGAUGCAUCUAUCGCGAUGUUCAAAUAUUAGAUUAGGAUUUAUACGUUUAUAUUAUGAAUUUAUGUAUAAUAUUCUAUGCAUUCUACAUCUAAGCGCGACUCCAUUGUAAGUCGAAAUAUGAACAAAUAAAAAACAUAAUUUUUGUCAGUUUAAAUUGAAAUAUUGUGGCUUAGUAUAUUGUGUGUGUGCGAAUUUCAAUAAUUUCGACAAUUCUGAACAGUGAAAAAUUCAAUUCGAAAAUAAAUCCUGAAACUACUUUAUCUCUUAUCUUCUACCCAAUCCCUCCCACAUCUGUAUAAAAUAAAUUGCAGUAAUAGAAUCGUGCUAUUAUCUAAAUAUCAUAAUAUUUAUCACGUUCAUAUACGUCAUUAAGUAUAACUUAUAAGAGUAUUACUCAUACCAUUAAUGGAUACAAUUCGAUAUUUUGAUUUAGAGACCACUCGACCACCGAAUACAAAGUAUUCAAUCCAACAUAUACAAUAUACAUAGGUUUUAGCUACUCACGCUAACAAGUGAUCAGUAGCUGGCAGCCGCCAUGAUAUAAAUUUUUUUCAUUUAAAUAAUCCGUAUGCAUACUAGUACAUUAGUACACUAGUAUAUUACUAGUGCGUAAUAUUAUGUUUAAUCUGUAUUCGAAAUUUCCGCACUACACAUACAUUCACUACUUUACAAAAACAAAAGCGAUUCAAUAUCCACCGAUGCAAACAUACCGGAACGUUUCGUUUGUUCGUAUUAAUAUAUGAAUAUUAUAUUAUUCAAAACGUUAUAAACGACCGAGUUUCCGACCAUAUAUUAUAAACCAUUAAUAUUUAUAUAUAAAUACAUAAAUAAUGUGAUGUAGUAUUAAAUAUGUAUAACAUAGUCAUUUGUGUAUUAUAUAAUACGGAAUAGGUAGGUAGUAGGUGUACUCGAAAAUGUCACGAUAAUAAUAAUUAACAUAAAAAUCUGAAAUUCAAAAGCCUCUUAAUCACGACUAUUCCCAUUCACAGUAUUAUUCUAUAUACGCAACACAUAUAUCUAAUUGUUGUAUAUACUUUUAUUAUGGUGAUUUUGAUUGUUUGCUUUGACUUUAUGAGUUCGAUGAUAAAUAGUAAUUGUUAUUCAUCAAAUGUCUGUUCUUCUUCUCUAAUUACCCUAUAUCAAUAAUAUAAUAUAUUAUACUGGCACACUGCGCUCGACGCGAAAAUUAUUUUUUAGAUACUUCUAUCGAAUCGAAACAAUUAACAAACACAUAUUCACAAACUCACGUCUUCCAAUAGUAUUCGGAAUUCUUGAAGUUUUUAUAGUAGCGUACAUAAUUUGUUCGUAGAAUUAAACUAGAGAAUUCGUGUUAUAAAUUUUAACUUACCUACGCUUCUAUAAAGAACUUUUUAAUUGUCAUUGCCACCUCAAUCGUAUACAGUUAGAAACAUAAAAAUAAUGUGUUCGAAGUUUACUUUUAGAUAAAAAAAAAUCACAAUAAUUAUGUAGGUAACAUUAUAAAAAUUAUUAAUUGCCUACUAUACAUCUACAUGUAUGAGUACAUUUUUACACCCAAUGACUUUGAAAAUUGCAAUUAAAAUAGAAAAUAAUAUUUUUUGGUUUCUUUGAUUUCUGUUUUUAAUAAUAAGAGUCUAAUUAUAUCGUCAAAAAUACUUAUUUAUGUUUACAUAAAUAAACAGAUAAACUAUACUUAGUUUUGCACUCUCUCAUUUGAAAAAAUAAUACUUAGGUACCUGACAAGUGACUUGUAAAUAUGAUUAGAAGUGUUUAAACUGUAUCUAAAUAUAAAUGUAUACCUAUGAAACUAAGACACAAACCUAAUAAAGUAAAAGCUUACUAUAAUAAAUAAUAAAUACCGUAUACGUCUUCUAUUUGUUAUACAUUUAUUCUAUUUAAUGUUUAAAUUAUAAAACUUGCAGAGAGACACUUAACCAAAACUUAAACCAUGUUCAUAAGCGUAGGGAGAGAGGCUGCAGAAGUCUCAUUAUACAUUUUAAACGUAUCAUUUCGUUGAAGCAAAGCCCUCCACACCCCUAUCUUUUGCCUAAUUUAUAUUAAUGACAUUCAUAAAUGACUUAAAUCAUUGCUAGAGCCACUAAAAAUUAAACUGAUUUUAUUAUAAAAUAAUUCAAUAGUAAAUUAAUGAAAUUAAUUUAUAGCAAUA